UUCUCUCAGUGAAUUUGUGGUUGAAAAUGGCGGUGCGGAAGAAGGACGGAGGCCCGAAUGUGAAAUAUUUCGAGGCCUCAGAUACGGUGUCGCAGUUUGAUAAUGUGCGCCUGUGGCUAGGGAAGAAUUAUAAAAAGUACAUCCAAGCAGAGCCACCAACGAACAAAUCUCUUUCCAGUCUGGUUGUCCAGCUGUUACAGUUCCAGGAGGAGGUGUUUGGAAAACACGUAAGCAAUGCACCUCUUACCAAAUUGCCAAUGAAGUGUUUCUUAGACUUUAAGGCUGGCGGAGCUUUGUGUCAUAUUCUAGCUGCUGCUUACAAAUUUAAGAGUGACCAAGGAUGGCGACGCUUUGAUUUCCAGAACCCUUCCCGCAUGGACCGCAAUGUGGAAAUGUUUAUGACUAUCGAAAAGACACUGGUUCAGAACAACUGUUUGUCUCGACCCAAUAUCUAUAUAAAUUCAGAUAUUGAACCCAAGUUAUUGAGUAAACUGAAAGACAUCAUUAAGAGACAUCAGGGUACUGUUACUGAGGACAAGUCAAAUGCUUCACAUGUUGUUUACCCUAUUCCCAGCAGCACUGAAGAAGAAGAGUGGGUGCGGCCAAUAUUGAAGCGCGAGAAGCAGGUCCUCCUGCAUUGGGGCUAUUGUCCUGACAGUUAUGAUACAUGGAUUCCAGCCAGCGAAAUUGAGGCAUCGGUUGAGGAUCCCCCACCGACUGAGCGGCCCCGGAAGGUCCAUGCUAAGUGGAUAAUGGACACUGAUACUUUCAAUGAAUGGAUGAAUGAGGAGGACUAUGAGGUAAAUGAUGACCGGGCACCUGUUGUUCGAAGGAAAAGAAUUUCUGCCAAGACAUUAACAGAAGAGGUGCACAGCCCUGACUCGGAUCGGAGAGAUAAGAAGGGAAGCAGUCACAAGAAAAGGAAACGUUCCCCUUCUCCUUCUCCGACUCCAGACUCCAAGAAAAAGAACACCAAGAAAGGACGCAGUCCUGCCACACCAUAUGCCAAGUCAAAGCGAGGACAUCGAGAAGAGGAUCAAGAGGACCUGACCAAGGAUAUGGAUGAACCCUCCCCUGUCCCCAACGUAGAAGAGGUCACACUACCGAAAAGUGUGAACACGAAGAAAGAUUCUGAAUCAGCGCCAGUGAAAGGUGGCACUAUGACUGAUCUCGAUGAGCAAGAGGAUGAUAAUCUGGAGACAACUGGCAAGGAUGAGGAAGAUACUUCUGCUGGAAACAAAGGGGAACAAACAAAAAAUCCUGACUUACAUGAGGACAAUGUUACAGAGCAGACUCACCACAUUAUCAUACCUAGUUACGCAGCAUGGUUUGACUACAAUAGUGUCCAUGCCAUUGAACGACGUGCUCUCCCAGAAUUCUUUAAUGGAAAAAAUAAGUCCAAAACCCCAGAGAUUUACCUUGCCUAUCGUAAUUUCAUGAUUGAUACGUACCGUCUGAAUCCACAGGAGUACCUCACGUCAACAGCAUGCCGUCGAAAUCUUGCAGGAGAUGUUUGUGCGAUAAUGAGGGUGCACGCUUUUCUCGAGCAAUGGGGACUCAUUAAUUACCAGGUAGAUGCAGAAAGCCGACCGACACCCAUGGGUCCUCCUCCAACAUCACAUUUCCAUGUGCUUGCUGACACACCUUCUGGUCUGGUGCCUCUUCAGCCCAAAGCUCCACAGACAUCAGCAUCCCAGCAAAUGCUUAACUUCCCUGAUAAGAACAAAGAGAAGGCAGCAGACAUGCAAAACUUUGGAUUGCGUACUGAUAUGUAUGCUAAGAAAAAUGUUCCUUCUAAGAGUAAAGCAGCUGCUAGUGCUACACGAGAGUGGACAGAGCAAGAAACACUUUUACUGCUCGAGGCAUUGGAGAUGUAUAAGGAUGAUUGGAAUAAAGUCUCAGAACAUGUAGGCAGUCGCACGCAGGAUGAAUGUAUCUUGCAUUUCUUACGUUUACCAAUAGAAGAUCCGUACCUUGAAGAUUCUGAAGCCUCCUUAGGCCCAUUGGCUUACCAGCCAAUCCCUUUCAGUCAGUCCGGCAAUCCUGUCAUGAGCACUGUGGCAUUUCUGGCUUCAGUGGUUGACCCACGUGUGGCAUCAGCAGCUGCAAAAUCUGCAUUAGAGGAAUUUUCUAAGAUGAAGGAGGAGGUCCCUUCAGCUCUGGUGGAAGCUCAUGUAAAGAAAGUAGAAGAUGCUGCUAAAGUCACUGGGAAGGCAGAUCCAACAUAUGGACUGGAAAGCAGUGGAAUUGCAGGAACUACCCCAGAUGAACCAGAGAGAUUGGAGGAGGCUGGUGAUGAAAUGAAGUCAGAUACCCAAUCAGCAGAAGAGAAAAAAGAAACAAAGGAGAACAAAGAAGUAAUAGUGGAAGAUGAAAGUAAGGAGAAACCACCCGACUCUUCCAAAAAGGAGGAAGAUAAAACAAAAGAAUGUGAACCAGAGAAAGAAAACGAAAAAGCUGAGGUAGAAGUCGCAGACACAGAAAGGGAGAAAGAAAACAAAGAAUUCCCAGAGGAUGGAGCAAAGAAGGACGGAGAGUCAGAAACAGAUAAGAAAACAAAACUGGAGAGAGAUAUUGGUGAAGGGAAUCUGUCAACAGCAGCGGCAGCAGCAUUAGCUGCAGCUGCAGUUAAAGCAAAGCACCUUGCUGCAGUGGAGGAGCGGAAAAUCAAAUCAUUGGUAGCGCUACUUGUCGAAACACAGAUGAAGAAACUUGAAAUCAAACUCCGACAUUUUGAAGAACUUGAGACCAUUAUGGACAGAGAGAGAGAGGCAUUGGAAUACCAGAGACAACAGCUUCUCUCAGACAGACAAGCCUUUCACAUGGAGCAACUGAAGUAUGCUGAGAUGAGAGCACGGCAACAGCACUUUCAACAAAUGCAUCAACAGCAGCAACAGCAGCAUCAGCUCCCAUCUGGCCCCCAGGCCAGUCAGCAGCCAGCCAUCAUUCCUACAUCUGUGCAACCAGUACCACCUGCUACAGUUCAACAGGGAGCUGUGAAUCCGGGUUCAGGUGAUUCCAUAGCUCAGUCCAUUCCACAACAACAACAGACCCCACCAACGCAACAACAGCACCAGCAACAGCAACAGGCUCAGCCUGCCGUUCUUCCUCAUGGUCAGCCACCAUUUCCAAGUCAACAAACUCCAAAUCAACUGAUGCCCAGUAACAUGCCAGUUGGCAUGCCUGCGAACAUGUCUGGUAAUAUGGCUGCUGGUAUGCCUUCUGUUGUGCCAGCCAUUAUUGCAUGUAGCAUGGGUAGUGUCAUCUCAGAAAAUGUUCCGGCUAACCUCCCUGCUAGCAUGCCAAACCAAGUGCAUGGUCAUUUACCCAGUAGCAUGCCUGGGGGUGUCCCUGGCAACGUGUGUAUAGGGUUGCCAGGACGUUUGCCUGUAGAUCUGCCUAGCUCUGUACAUCCUAACAUACCUGGAAACAUCAUCCCACCCUCCAUGUCUCUAACUUCCACCCCAGCGUCAGCAGCUGCUCAGAGCCCUGCCAUUGUAGCCGCCAUGCAGGGGAAUACAAGUCCGUUGCAAGAGCAAGGCGCCACAAUGCAGACAGAGGUGAUGGCAACUCCAUCAGCAGCAGUUGCCCCGUCACAAUGAGGUGCAACACCUGGAGCAAGACACAGCAUUUUCUCCAGAAUGGAUAUGGUGUAUACAUGUGAAGAUCAGUUUGGGUGGAUAUGCUGAAAUGUAGUCAUUCGCAAGUUUAAUGUGGUCAAAAGAAUCAGCAAUUCUGAUCUUUAGUGGAGGUGAUUUUGGUGUCAGUAUCGUAAGAGGUGAUGUGUGCAAUGGAAAGUGACAAUGCUACACAGACCAAUGUAAAGCUCAUUCUACACAGUUACGUUAUUAUUGCUAAUGCAUAUACACCAUCCACGCUCUCGAUUUGAAAAGCAUCUGAUAUCUAAUGAAACUACCUACGUUCCAUUGCAAAUAAUACCAUACUCAUCAUUAAUUUGAGUGAGCAUGCCCCUAUUUUGUUCAAUGCUUUGGUGAAUUUUGCUGUUUUUCAUAUUGUGUCUAUUGUGAAAUAUCUUGUGCCAAUUUUGGGGGAAAUUUAAUGUUGAGAAGACAGUAACUGCCCGUGCAAAUUUUUACUUUGUUCUUGCUUUACAAUCAGCAGUUUACGUACUAAAUAAUUCUGCCUUUAGCCCUGGCUCAUUGUAUAGCAUGGUAAUAUUGUCAGGUUGGGCUAUGGCUAAGCCAAAAGUUUGGAAUUCCAAAUUCUAUCUUUGUGAGACACCAUACUUCAAGACUUUGUCUUCCAUUUUCAUUCAGAAUGUUCCAAAAUCAUUGUGUUGCAAUGUGAGAUUAGGAGUAAGGCAAAGCAGAAGGAGCUGACCAGAGAGAAUUGGUCCAGGACAGGAAGAUGUGCAAGUGGGCCCAUGACAGGAGCUUUAAAUCUGAGAUUUCAGUGUCAGCCCCCUGUGAGAAGAAGGUUUUUGGCUUAAAGGCACCUCAUUCCAGUCCUGUUUUCGAGCCUUUUCUGAUGUUGGGAAAGAGCUGGACUUAACUUUGUUGUUGAUUAGCUGGAUAUAUAUAUUAGUGUUUCACUUCCAGUUAAACCAUUUCAGUAGCAAGGGUUCUAGGCUGUUAGUCAUACCACUGAGACCUGCUGGCAGAUGACAGCAUUUCUUCUUUGUGGUGUCUGCUUAUUUGUUUUAUAGUUUCCUAAGGAUGAAGAAAACCUUAAAUUGGGAUUGUAUUGUUGCAACUUCACCCAAAAGCAGCCUAUGGGGAGAUUUGCCUGGGCCUUCACCUAGACAUUGCACCCGAGAGCACUGAACUCUGGACAGUCACUAAGCUAGCUGAGAGUUCAGAGCUAGGAAAUCUCCCCUCCUAUUUUAGGUUUUUUAAAAUCCAGGCAUCUUUUGUAACCCAUCUCCCUAAAAAUGGUGAUAUUUCAAACAAUGGAGAAUGCAUCAAAGUUGCUGAUGUCACAAUGAUUCUUUGUGUCCUGCGUAUUGUGUUGGUUGAUAAGGGUUGGUAUGUCUUGUAGCUGGUUGAAUUAGUGAUAGCUAUCAUGAUGAGAUUUGCAGUUUCCAAAUGAAAUAGGAGGCCAAUUACACUGGAUGAUGAGCCCUUUAUGGCUUUCUGGUCCAGACACCAUUGCAUUGAUUGCUGUGUGUAGAGAGGAGUCCCAAGGGAUAUCAUGUUGCUGUCAAGAAAGUUAACUUCCCAAUGAAUUUGUUUAGAAGAGAACUUUUGAGUGAAAGCUCAUGCAUGAUUCAAACUCAGUUUUUAUAUUGAAAGUAAAGUACAAUGAUUUACAUGAAGUUUUGGGUUUUUCACUCCCCUGAAAAGAAUGACAGAAGCCACUAUCCAUUUGGAUAUUUGGGUCCCUUUGUUUCAUAAUAUUUUGUUAAAAUACUGACCAUUUAGAUACCAAGAAGAAAUUGGUCACAUUGUCCUGCCCCAUAACCCUGCAGAAUAAUAAAAUUAUUGCAGAUCAAAUAUAUAAUUUCUCCACUCAUGAGAUUGGGAAAAUGUAAUGAUUUAACCUUCUACUGUUUAACCCAGAAAUGUAUCAAGCUUAAAGAUUUCUUUCUUGUGAGUUUAUUUCUAAAACAACAAUUCAAAGUUUUAAUCUAGUAAAGAGGUUAUUAGCAGAGUGACAUGAUUGUUAUUGGGUUGUAGACAUAGAAGUGCAUCCUGCUGUCCUCAUCCCAAACACAGACAUGUCCCUUGACGCAGACAGGCAUGCACGCUGGCACACUCAUUUGCAGGAACAAACAUAUCCACACAAACUGUUUAAAAUGAAUUAUCAUUUUAGGUUAGAGGAUUGUUUGCUGACCAGCCACAGUUCACACGUACAGUUACCAUAGAUCACAGCGUACAAGUCAAUCUUUGAAGUCUCUCAUUCCUUCCAAAAAUGAUGCCAACUUAUAUGUCAGGGAUAAAAUGUGAACAGCUGGCAGGUGCUUGUUGUUUUAAAAUGAGAAAAAAUUUCAAAUUAAAUCAUUGUGACAUUUUUUAUUGAAUUCAUUACUUCCACUAGGUUACCUUCAGCCAUAUUCAAUAUGUUUUUUUUUAAGCAAGAUAUUAAAUUGAUUGUCUCCAGUAUCACUGCGAGGAGAUCAUCAUUUUGGUCCGAAUCACUUCAGCUAUGGCUUUAUCAUAAGGACCCUCCUCUGGAACAGUGUAGCACUUGCUGUUUUUGAAUCAUCUGCACCCGAAUUCAUUUUGCUUUCCAUCCAUUGAAUUGCAUAUUCUGCAACUUUUGAAAGAUCUGAUGACAGUUUGUGCAUUAAUAGCAUCCAACAAUUUGACAAAACCCCACACAGCAUCAAGUGGGAUAACAUGCCUAUUUCCACUCUUUGUAGAGGUUUCUUUUUCUCCAUCCAUCACUUAUUCCAAUUGCAAAAACGUGAUUUUUCAUUGGUUUGUUGAGGCACACAUCCAAAGAUUGGCCUCCAGACAUUUGACUCCAGUAUAAUUACAAUAUGGGUGUUAAUUCUUCACAACUGUCUCUUAACUUUAUUGGAUGUAUGUGAUCUGAGCAUGUCCUGCACCAAAAAGCUAUUAUUUACAUAGGCUGCUAGGAUGUGUGCUCUAGCCUUAUCAAGCUAUAGCUCGACUUCAUCUGACCAUAGUCACAGACAUGCACAAGAAGUCCUGCAGAAACAUGACUUUGGCAUGAUUUACAUUUGAAGUUUAAUAUAGCCUGUAAUUUUAUUCAAUUUGCCAUUCUGAGAAUUCAAAAGUGCGUAUUGAUACAUGCUUCUCCACACCAGACCAUUGGCUGUCCCCCUUGUCAGGUGCAUUUAGCCUUAGACAUCUUCCUGCUUCCAGUUCUGCACCAGUUCUUUCACUUCACAGCUUCUGUCAUUACAGCAUGGUUGUUCGACAAGUUAGCACUUUUUUGCCAGAGGACCCAUUUCUGUUCUUCAGUCAGCAUAUGUGGUCACUGUGAGUCUUUGUGAGCAUGUUUUCAACUUAAGUGUAUGAUCUUGGUGACAUGGUCCAUGUCGACUGCUUGUUCCCCAUGUGUUAUGAGGUGAGUAAAAUGUAAUUCUGAGGUGAAAAAUAAAAGCCAACUCCUAAUGCGAGAACAACAGUUUUUAGCAGAAAAGAGGAUCAGCUUGUAUGCAAGUAUAGGCCUAAACGUGUAUUUGGCUCUGGGAAAAUGGGGUUGUCUUUACCUUGUGAUCUAUGACCCUUGAAAUUUAUUGAAUUCUUAAUAUUACAAUUGAACUGCUACAAUUGCUGCAUCAUAUCAGUUCUGUCCAGUCUUUGCUAAAAUCAACAGCAUGAUUCAAACAAUUAACACAGUGGAGAACCACCGCUUGUAUGCUAUAACCUGGAAUUUGAAACACUAGACUUCGAGUAACCAGUAGUUGCUCAGGUGCUAGAUGAGGAACAAAGAUCACCUAAGGAAUCAGCUCCUCAUUGUUUGUUCAGUCAUUUCCACAGGACAAUGUGUCUAAUCUUUGUCACUGGGGGAAUCCGGCCUCCUCUCGUGUUUUAUUAGGGCAAGUUGUAGCUGUUCUGGAUUGUCACUAAUACUAAUGCUGUCAUUGCUAAAUUAGUGCUAAUAGUUUGUUUAGUGAAAGCCCUCAUGUCUUCCAUCUGUUCUCAAAUCCUAAAAUUACAUUUAAAGACGUAGAAGAACGCAUUGGAUGACACCACAAUGUUUGCUCACCAUUUAAGUAUGACCAGGGAAUGCUGGGACCAGGAGCAAGUUGACAAGAGAGGAGGAUGACUAUAUUAGGAGUUGACAAACAAUCUUCGGUGACUGCAUGUCAAAAAAGAAUGUCAAUAUUUUUCUUGAUAUUUUAAGCUGCUCACUUAGAAUCAAGUUUACACUCCCAGCGCACUUACAUACAGCUGCUUAUCUUCUUAUGUUUUCUGAAUAGUUCCUGCAAACGUUGUAAAAUACUUGCAAAAAAAAAGGUCCAGUAACUUCAACAAAGAAGAAAAUGAGACCCCAGCUCUGCCAAUUUUAAACUCUUUGCUAAUCCUGUCAGCGACAAAUAAUCUGUCAGAUUCAGCAAACCGAGAUUAAUUUAACAAGUAAUGGAACACAUUUCAUUCUUACCUGUAUUGCAUCAGGAUAGUCUUUAUUCUUUUGUUUAUGCUCAUUUUUUCCAAUCCUUGAAGCUUACAAUGUUAAAUCAGCUUAGUUACACUAAAUAUGACCAGUGCCUGUCACAUGAAGUGAGCUUCUAUUCUCCUGAGCACUGGAUGGUUUCCCCAGUUAACACCAGCUGAUGGUGACCUACUCUCCAGUGGCAAAUCCACGGUUUUUUUUUGCAAUAUUUAUCUCAUCUUCCCACCAAUUUAAUAUGUGAGGCAACAGAUGGCUGAAUCAUGUAGAUUGACAGUGUACUGACUGUGGCACUGCUGUGCGCUCCCUAGAGUAGCGGUCAUCAUUUCUGGACAUAAGAGCCAAUACAUCCAACCUAAUAUGAGCAGGGCAUUGGAGAUUUUAUGUGCAUCAUUCAUUUGGGUCUGAUUUGAGAUUUUACCACAGACUAAGAACAGUUGCACAUGAAUUGAUACCAGUUUGAUUUUCUUUCCUAUGAAUUAAGGCAAGUGUAAAACUGAGUACUGAGUCACUUAAACCCCAUCCUUCCCGUCUGUCUGCGGUCAGACAGUAAAAUCCUCUCGUUCCUAAACUCAACUUUGUUUUUACCAAAUUGGUGUAGAAGUGUUGUCCUAUAAGAACAUAAAACAUUACAGCACAGUACAGGCCCUUCGGCCCUCGAUGUUGUGCCGACCUGUCAUACCGAUCUCAAGCCCAUCUAACCUACACUAUUCCACAUACAUCCGUAUGCUUAUCUAAUGACGACUUAAAUGUACCUAAAGUUGGUGAAUCUACUACCAUUGCAGGCAAAGCGUUCCAUUCCCUUACUACUCUGAGUAAAGAAACUACCUCUGACAUCAGUCCUAUAUCUUUCACCCCUCAAUUUAAAGCUAUGCCCCCUCAUGCUCGCCGUCACCAUCCUAGGAAAAAGGCUCUCCCUAUCCACCCUAUCUAACCCUCUGAUUAUUUUAUAUGUUUCAAUUAAGUCACCUCUCAACCACCUUCUCUCUAAUGAAAACCGCCUCAAGUCCCUCAGCCUUUCCUCGUAAGACCUUCCCUCCGAACCAGGCAACAUCCUAGUAAAUCUCCUCUGCACCCUUUCCAAAGCUUCCACAUCCUUCUUAUAAUGCGGUGACCAGAACUGAACACAAUACUCCAAGUGCGGCCGCACCAGAGUUUUGUACAGCUGCAGCAUAACCUCUUGGUUCCGGAACUUGAUCCCUGUAUUAAUAAAAGCUAAAACACUGUAUGCCUUCUUAACAGCCCUGUCAACAUGGGUGGCAACUUUCAAGGAUCUGUGUACAUGGACACCAAGAUCUCUCUGCUCAUCUACACUGCUAAGAAUCUUACCAUUAGCCCUGUACUUUGGUAGGAGUAACCAGAAGGCAAAGUGCAUCACCUCACACUUGUUUGCAUUAAGCUCCAUUUGCCACCUCUCAGCCCAGCUCUGCAGCUUAUCUAUGUCUCUCUGCAACCUACAGCAUCCUUUGUCACUAUCCACAACUCCACCGACCUUAGUGUUGUCUGCAAAUUUACUAACCCACCCUUCUACCCCCUCAUCCAGGUCAUUCAUAAAAAUGACAAACAGCAGUGGACCCAACACCGACCCUUGCGGUACACCACUAGUAACUGGUCUCCAGGAUGAACAUUUCCCAUCAACUACCACCCUCUGUUUUCUUUCAGCAAGCCAAUUUCCGAUCCAAACUGCUAUGUCUCCCACAAUUCCAUUCCUCCGCAUUUUGUACAAUAGCCUACUGUGGGGAACCUUAUUGAACGCCUUGCUGAAAUCCAUAUACACCACAUCAACCGGUUUAUUCUCAUCUACGUGUUUGGUCACCUUCUCAAAGAACUAAGGUUAGUUUUUAGCUGUCAGCAGAGAAGCAGUUCCUGCCAGGAAGAUGAGACCUUGCCUCUAUUCAAACAGGACAGCUCUGGGGCCUUUCUUGAUCAAAACUGGAUAGUGUGGCUUAUUGUACCCAGAAAUUACAAUCAGUGUCUAAUAGCUGCUAUAGGAACUGAACUACACCAUUGAACGAGGUCCUGAAUGAUUCAGCUCAGCAUAAAGGACAAAAUGGUGAUCAGGAUUGGAGCACAACUGGAAUAGGAAGUGCCACGCUUUGAAAUCGAAGCCCAGUCUCGCUGGCUGCAUGAAGUUCAGACUGGCCCUGAUAAUCUGAUAUGGCAGGUGUUAUGAGCAACAUUAUAUGGGAAUUGCAUGGGGGAGAUGAUAUGUAUACAUCUUGCUUAAAAUGUGGCUUUUUAUUGCAUAUUUGCCCAUUUGUGCUAAUAAGUUGGGAAUGCCUAUCUGUGUACUGUGCUGGUGACCUACAUCUGUGCUGUACAUUCCCUGUUCUCAGCACACAAAGUUAAUUUUUUAAAUAGAGUUUGAAUCUUAUCGUUUUUUUAAACAAGCCAGUAUUUUUGAUUGCUCAGAUGAAUUAUUACUGCCAUGGAAUCAUCCAGACUCACUCCCAUUUUAUUACACUAGAAGCUUCCUGCUACAUUCAAAUAAUUCAUGAUACGUUCUGAAAAUUGCAGUAUUUCCUGAAAAUGUCAGCCUUCCCUGAAAUUCAUUUCAAUGGAGCGUGAAGGAAUUUUUUUUAAACCAUGAAAAAUAAAUGAACUGGAAAUUCUAGUGACCCAUCAUAUGUACACCAGUGUAUCUGUUACAAUAAUUUGAUGUCUUCCUAUUUAAUGGGUAGUGAGGAAUUACCUUUGAAACUUACCAUCUGGCUCACAUUGUCCCAAGAAAGUUUAUUUUCAUGUGUUACAACAGUCAGCUGUUCAUGCAGAGUAUCUUAAAGGUAAAACAAAUUCUCAGCAAGCCCUUAAAAAUGGACAGUUCUUUUUACAAAUUGAUAUUUCAAGUGUAGUGUUUUGUCAAACUGUAUUUAGUCUGUAACUCUGUAGUCUAUUAUAGCUUUCGCUAUCAUGGGAAACUGCUAAGAAAUAAAUUGUACUUAUUAAAUA